AUGCCUGGGAUUCCACAGCAGACCUCCGGUCACAUGGAAGAGUCCUCUGUGGCAGAGCCAGCCCCAUGGCCCCCGCUGCCCUGUGGGCCCUGUGUCCCCAUCAUGCUGGCCCUGGCCUGCCUGGCUGCCCUCUUCCUUCUGACUACAGCCGUGUUGGCCGAACGCCUGUUCCGCAGCUCUCUGCGCCCAGGGCCCAGUGCCAGGGCGCCCUCCCUGGUGUGGCGACCUGGAGGAGAGCUUUGGAUCGAACCUAGGGGCACUGCCCGAGAGCGCUCAGAGGACUGGUAUGGCUCCGUGAUCCCCCUACUUAAUGGCAGGGCCCCUGAUCCCCCUACCCCCGGUGGCACCUUAGAGCGCCGGGCCACAGCCCCACCCGCGCCCUUAGCUCCCCUCAACCCUCCCAGGCCCUUAGCCCCCCAGGUCCCACCCAAAGCCCCUGAUGGUAGCACCUUCUGGGGGGCCCCAGCCUGGAAAGAGAGACCACAAGCCCCUGGCCUGGUGACCUGGGCUGAGCCUGAGCCGCAGCCCGAAGUCAGCACCCACUUCGGGAGUCCACCGCCCCGAAGGCUGCGGCCUGGAAGCCCGGAGCCUGACUGGGGCCUGCAGCCCCGGGUCACCCAGGAGCAGAUCUCUGCUUUCUGGAAACGGGAAGGCCGCUCCAGUGUCGGGUUUUGA